GCAUCGAAAGUCUGAGAGGGCGGAUUCUAACCAUAGAUAAAAAAAAAACAGAUAAAGCCGCUAGAAAUCGCUCAAUUUUGUGAUAAAUAAUACAGCGUUCAUUAAAUAAUCAUCCUAGUCGUCAACAGUAAUUUAAUUUAUAAAUAAGAAAUUUUAGUUAAGGACAUUUCAGUUGUUUAUAAACAAGUUCACUCAGUUAAGGAAUAAUGAUGCGUGUUUUUAUAUUGAUCUGUGUUUCAUUGCUCAUACAAUUGGCCUCAACCCACGAUGAAGAUGUCCAUACAGUUCAGUAUAACGAAGAAACUUUUCCCACUGAAGUGCCAAAAAAAAAUCACUUUAUCAUGUUCUACGCUCCAUGGUGCGGACACUGCCAAAGAUUAGCUCCAACAUGGGAAACCUUAGCUGAAAUGUUGAACGAAGAAGAGGAUAGUCGUGUUAAAAUUGCUAAAGUUGAUUGUACAACUGAUAGCUCUAUUUGUUCAGAACAUGAUGUCACGGGUUAUCCAACUUUGAAAUUUUUCAAAGCUGGUGAGAACAACGGCAUCAAGUUCCGAGGUACUCGCGAUUUACCAUCAUUGACUGCAUUUAUUAAUGAACAAUUAGGAAGCAUACCCAAGGAUGCUGAGUUAGACACAACAAUCCCAGACCCUGUUAAUGGUCUGAUCGAAUUAACAGAUGCAACAUUCAACGACCAUGUAGCUAAAGGGUAUCACUUUGUUAAAUUCUACGCACCAUGGUGUGGCCACUGCCAAAAACUAGCACCAACAUGGGACGAGCUUGCCAAAAGCAACAGCCAUGACACAUUAGUGAAUAUCGCCAAAGUCGAUUGCACGCAGUACCGUUCCGUUUGCGAGCAGUUUGAUAUCAAAGGAUACCCGACAUUGCUGUGGAUUGAAAACGGUAAGAAAAUAGACAAAUACUCAGGCGCUCGCACCCAUGAAGAGCUAAAAGAGUACGUUGCUAAAAUGCUACAAAAGAGCACCGAAAAAGUUGACGAGAGCGAUGAAGCUGUAAAUGAUAACAUUCAGUCGGUAUUGAACCUCACUGGUGAGACUUUUGAGCACGGAAUUGAAAAAGGAGUCACCUUUAUCAAGUUCUUUGCACCUUGGUGUGGACAUUGCAAGCGUUUGGCCCCAACCUGGGAGGAUUUGGGAAAAAAAUUCAUCGACAACCCCAAUGUCCAUAUCGUUAAAGUUGACUGCACUCUGUCGACCAACAAGCAAUUGUGCGACGAUCAAGAAGUCGACGGAUUCCCGACCCUUCUGUUGUACAAAAACGGACAGAAGAUUGAUGAGUACAAUGGAUCUCGUACGCUCGACGAUCUUCAUGAUUUUGUCGUUGAGCGUUUACAAUCUCACGAUGAAUUGUAAUUGCAUUUAAUAUUUUUAAAAUUGAUUGUUGUGAUUUUUAUUACAAGUUUUAAUCAAUCAACUUCCACAAUAACUUAGAAGUUUUUAUUUUACAAAUUAAUUAACACUAAUAUUAAAUAUAAGUUUGAGAAGUUUUGAAUCUUUUUUAGAAGUUAGAAUUGUGUUGAAAUAAUUUUCAAACAAACACAUAUUGUCGAUGUAAAAUAGUUAUUUAAUAUUGUGCUUCCAAAAUUAUCAAUAGACAUAAAUUACUUAAUGAGCAAUACAAUAUUUUAAACGUUAUUGUAUUAUUAUUCCAUAUCAGUCAAACGAUACAGACCAGUGGGGAUUCCCAGUAACAAACAUUUAUUUUUUAACGAACAAAAAAAUAUAAAAUCCACAUUUUUUAAUUACUUUCAUUGAUAAUUAUUUUAUUAAUAAAAAUAAAAAAAAUUGUUGAAAUUAUUAACUAAUAAUUUCGACAAUUAAAAUAAGCAAUUAUAAAUUGUGUAAUAAAUAAUCAUAAUAUUUUGAACUAAGUAUAACAAAAAAAAAUUACCCAGUGAAUGUUAUUACCCAGUGAAUGAUAUUAUCAACAAUAAAAGUAUGCAUUUAAUUAUAAUAUUUAGUAGACUUAAUAUCAACAUUAAAUCAAUUGUGAUUUUAGUUUGUAUGAUAUUGUGCAAAUAUAUGGUAGAAUGAAUUUAGUAACCCGAAAUCAUGAUGUACUUUACAAAUUAUAAUUAUUAUUGUGAUAGAUUAAUCUUUAUUGUAAUUAACAUUUACAUCGAUAGGUAUUUGUAUGUGAACAAACGAGGCAAUCUACAUUAAUUCCUUUCUAUAUAAUAACUAAUAAUAAUAAUCAACCUAAUUUAUAUUUGAUACCAUCUAUAUAAAUAUUAAUUAAUGUAAUGAUUGAUUUGUCAAUCAAAGCCAGACUUGCUAAAAAACAGAUGUUAUUAAAUAUUGUGUGUAAAUUUAAAUGAAAAAAAUUAUGUUAAUAAUAAAAUGAUAUGAUAUAUCACA